UGAUGACAAGCGUUUGACAUCCAAAACAAAACACCAGGCGUAUUUUGACCGGACGAUCACAAUCCAGGUUUUCUUUCCCAGAACAGUCGGCGCCAAGCAAAGAUUUUGUUCAUUCUCUCUCUCGUCCUCUCAAAUUGCUUGAUUCUGUUCAAUUUCUUCAUAUCGGGAAAGCAACCUGUUCGCUUGAAAUAUGGAUGCUCUGAAUAGUUUUCAAGGCAGCAGUUCGCUUGAUGUUACCAUGGAGGAUAGAGCUAGUGCUCAACCUAAAUGUGGACACCUGCCAAUUGCGUAUGAGGCAAAGAGGGCUGCUGUGCAUGAAGAACUGAAGAGAGUUAAUAAACUUCCCGCAACAAGCACCUAUGCUUCUCACCGACUGCGGGUUCUCAAUAAAAUUUUGCAACUUUUGUCUCUCCAGAGAUCUACAUCACAAGAUAUGGAAUUGGAAUUGCUUUUUGCUGGCCUGUCUCUGUGAUGCAACCUUCUAGGCCUGUGUUUAUCGAAUCAGGCUCUGGUGAGGUUACUUGGUCUCCUGCAAUAAAUGUAAAUUUUUAACUAUCGAAUUAUUGCACUGCAGUAUAUCGAAUCAGGGAUUUCUUCUUGUUGAGCGCAGUGUAGAGAAGAAGAAGAAGAGGUAGACCCUACUCUACUCUUGAUGCGAAAAUGUAAUUCUUUUCCUUGUUUUGGGGUUUGAGGAGAAGAGGAAGAGGGUUCAGCUUGUGAUAUAUGAAUAUCUUUCUACCAAUAUGGUAUGCUUUAGUAUGCUUUUAUGUUGUGGUAAAGAGUGUAUUUACUCAUAUGGUGUAAGAAAUCUUAGAUUCACAAGUUAUUUACCUUUCUUAGGACUUAGUUAAGUGGUCAGGUUGUAUUUGAUUGUAUAUGUGAAUUUAAUCUUUUAUCCAAUCCUUUUCCUUUUCCUCCA